GCGAGCAUCAUGAAGUACCAGGCCGCCCUUAUCAUUUCUCUCGUCUUAUGUAGCAGCCAAGGGGAAGGACGAAAGUUGUGCGGACGAAAACUGUCCGACAUCUUGGGGUAUUUGUGCGCAAACCCGUUGAUAAGUAAAGAAGAUUUGGACAGUUUUCAAACAAAACGAUCGGAGAACUUUUACAACGUAAUACCAAAUGCUGUCAACUGGCCCUGGAUUCCACAUCAUAAGGCUAAGGGGAUUAGGAACAAGCGAGAAAUCAUUGAGGAGUGUUGCGAUAAGUCCUGCACUAUUGACGAACUCAUGGAAUAUUGUUAGAAUAUGUUAAGAACUUUUCAGUAUUAAUUACAUAAAAUGAUACUAAUGAUGAUGAUUAUUGUAGAAGAAUUUUAAAUAAAUAUAAGCGAUGUUAUUAACAGGUUCUUUGGCAUGGAAAUAAA